GCUGACGUUUCUGCAACAGCGCAAAGCAGAAGCAGGAAACUAGAAAGGAUAGGGUUCUUUCUUUCCAAAACAUUUCUUCUAGAUUAGCUCUGAAAGCUCAUGUGGUAACAGUGGAGCAGAAACACAAUUUUGAGGUUACAAGGUGUAUAUCCAUGUUCAACGAGAGAUUCUUUGCAGUGAGAUGUUUGGCGAUGAGGACUUGGAUCAAUGGACUCGGAUUGCAGGUGGGGGGUUUGGUACUGUCUACAGGGUCAGACACCAAGAAAAAGGGUUUAUCGCCAUCAAGCUACUUCAUCAAAAUACAGGAUCCUCUGAUGCACUGUACAAGGAGGCUGAUUGUCUGAAGAAAAUGUCCUCUCCGUAUGUUCUGUCAGUUUAUGGAAUUUAUCAGGGAAAACCGCCACAUUACUAUACAGAGCAACAGGGAAUAGUCAUGGAGUUCAUGGAAAGGGGAUCAAUUCACACCCUGACGACGGACCUAGAUGGCCCUCCUCCCCUGCCACUCGCUGUCCAAUUGGUCUAUCAAGUGGCUUUGGGGAUGCAGCAUCUCCAUUCAAAUCAGUUUCUUCAUCAUGACCUAAAACCAAGCAAUGUUCUACUGGACAAGGACUUUAAUGCCAAGCUUGCAGACUUUGGUCUUUCCAGGGUAACCGCCAGUGUUUUGUCCAACAUCCAGCUGUCAACAGGAGGGACUGCAGGCACAUUUCAAUACAUGCCACCUGAAGCGUUUGAUUUAAACUAUAAAGCAUCUCGCCCGUUUGAUGUUUACAGCUAUGGCAUCCUCCUUUGGUCUAUCUUUACUGGUAAAGAACCCUAUGAAGGGAAACCAUUUUAUCUUGUGGAACUCAGGAUCAGAGAGGGAGACAGACCUGAUGUCAGUCUUUUGCUGGAAGAGAAGAAUGAAAUGAAAAAAGAAACGGUUGAGCUCAUGACACGUUGCUGGGAUGGGGAUCCAGACAAGAGGCCUACAUUUAAUGGUAUGAGUAAGUUUGUCAUCAGAAUCAGGAUGCUCACUGACUCCUUUUAUAAUUUCCUGCAUGCUACAAUACUGGACUAAAAUCUUUAUAUGGCUCUUUUAGUAAUGUAAACAUUCAGUAAUGUAGACCAAUCCUUUUAUGGCCCAUACCAUCUUAAAACAAAAACUUUGUUUUUUAGAUAUCGUCAACGCCACUAAACCUUUGUUCUCAGUCCAUAAAGAUGGAAUCGGAGCUGCAAUUCAAGAAGUUUUGUCAAAACUAGUACACAAUCAAUCACAGAGAAGCAGUCAGUAUCAUCAGACAAAUGUUGCAGCUAGUGAUCCUUCCCCCGCUCAAGGAAAUGCAGUGCCAAAUGAUAUUGUUGAUCAUCCCAGAUUUGCAGCACAGCAAACAUCGGUCAGUUUUGGAUCAAGAAAUUUGACAGAAGAAGAAAAACGAAAGUUUGUUGAGGAUAUGAGAGAAAACAUAAUACAGGAAACCACAGAUGCCAUGGCAGUAGCUAAGGAGCUUUGGGAGAUGAGGAUGAUCCAUAAAGAAAUGUACUCCUCAAUUAAAGCAAAAGAAACAAAUGAGGACAAAAUGAGGGCACUCUUCACGGCAUUACGUCAAGGCAACACGGUUAAAGCUGCCUUCUACGACGCCUUGAUAAAACACAACCCGGAAAUGCUCAACAUUUGAGGUACAAUAAUGCUGUUACUAAUCACACAGAGUUUUAUCUGUAUUGUUCAGGUUUUUAUUUUCCUUUUUUUCUCCCUUUAGGUGGCAGUCGAGGUACUCCUGGAUCAGACGACCAAAUAGUUUUCUUCAGUAUUUCUGUCAUUUUCAUGUGUGGAUUUUUUACAAUUUAAGAUAAGGUAUUUGUAUUACAAGAAGAUGCUGAGUCUGAUGCUCAGAGUUUCCAACAUGCAUCUCUCACAAACCAGUUUAAAUAUAGCUGCCUCAAAGCUUCUAAUAAAUUGCUGGCAAACUCUACAGUACAUCUGCAAGAAAA